GUAGGAAGAGUUGAACUUGACACCCCGUGGUAUGCGGAUUUUGCCAAUUACUUGGUGGGAAAGACUCUACCAACUGGGCUCUCGUACCAACAAAAGAAGAAAUUCUUUUCUGAACUUAAAUCUUAUUUUUGGGAAGAGCCAUAUAUGUUUAAAGUCUGUGCAUAUUGUAUCAUCCGCCGAUGCAUCCCACAACCCGAAGCAUGGAGCAUAAUUUCUCAUUGCCACCAAGGUCCGACCGGAGGACACCACGGAGCCAACCGCACAGCGCGAAAGGUAUUGGAAUGUGGAUUUUAUUGGCCAACAAUCUUCAAAGAUUGUGAUGCAUAUGUACGCACCUGUGAUGCGUGUCAACGGUCAGGUAAUAUUUCCCAACGUGAUGAAAUGCCACAAACAAUAUCCAUUGUUUGUGAAGUAUUUGAUAUUUGGGGAAUUGACUUCAUGGGACCUUUCCCGACCUCAUUCGGGAACAAAUACAUACUCGUGGCAGUGGAUUAUGUAUCCAAGUGGGCCGAGGCACAAGCCUUGCCAACUAAUGACUCUCGAAGUGUUGGAAAGUUUUUGCGGAAACUAUUUUCCAGGUUUGGAUCACCGCGAGCAAUCAUCAGCGACCAAGGAACCCAUUUCCAAGGUCAAUUCGACAAAGUUCUCCAACGAUUUGGUGUAACUCACCGGGUCUCCACAGCGUACCAUCCUCAAACUAGUGGUCAGGUGGAGGUCACCAACCGUGAGCUCAAAAGGAUAUUGGAGAAAACAGUCAGUCAAUCAAGAAAGGACUGGGCAACAAAGCUCGACACUGCAUUAUGGGCUUACCGUACGGCAUACAAAACACCAAUCGGCACCUCACCAUAUCGGUUGGUGUAUGGCAAAGCCUGUCACCUCCCCGUCGAGUUGGAACACAAAGCUUACUGGGCGCUCAAAUACCUCAACCUCGACGGAGAUGCUACCAAGGACCAUCGUCAGGCCCAAAUCAAUGAGCUUGACGAAAUGCGCCUACAAGCUUAUGAAAACGCCAAGUUAUACAAGGAACGAACAAAACGACUCCACGAUUCCAAGAUAAAGCAAGACAAAAACUUCCACGUUGGAGAUCAAGUCUUGCUAUACAACUCUCGUCUUCGCUUGUUUCCUGGGAAGCUCAAGUCCAGAUGGAUCGGUCCUUAUGUGAUCACACAAGUAUUUCCAUACGGCGUUGCUGAAAUUUCGCAUCCCUAGAGGGGAACUUUCAAAGUCAACGGUCAUCGUCUGAAACCAUACCUCGGUGGCAAUUUCGACCCCAAUGCCGAGGCACUUCAUCCUCAGAAACCUUGACAAAGUACACUACAGUCCAGCUAAUACGACGUUAAAGAAGCGAUAUUGGGAGGCAACCCAAUGCUGGUUUGCAUUUUUCUUCCCUUUCUUUUUUACAUUUCUUUGAGUUUUUCAAUUUCAAGAAUAAAAACCGUCACGAAACAUCGACCAAAGAACUCGCCAAGUGGAACCACAAUCACCGAACAUCAUGCCACUAUAUCCCAUGACAAGGAAAAUGGUAACAGUUCGAAUCCUUACUCCCUAUAUUUUCGUCCAUUGAGGACAAUGUCCAAUUCAAGUAUGGGGGGGUAUAUUCGUUCGUUUUCAUGUGUUUUGAAAAAGAAUCAUUGUGAUUGUUUUCAAUAAUCUAAUCAUCCAAAAAAAAAGUUUGAAAAAUCAUAAAAUUUAAAAAAUUUCAAAUAAAUACUAAAAAGAGUGUUUUAUUUUGAGUCUCAUCUUUGCCUAAAAUUGGUACAAGAAUAGUGCAAUUUGGAUGCUUGUCAACCUAUAAUGACGACUGAGGGAUUAAAACAAAUGUUUCUCGUGCUACUCAUUCUUUGAUGGAAAGAACUAUCUCAAAUCUUGAAAAAGAAAUUUAUCAUCUUUGAUUGUUGUUGCAUAAUGUUUGGGAAGCAUAGCAUGGGAAACUGAGCAUAUAGUAAACCACGUGAGACUUGAGCAUGAUCGUUUCUUUCUUGUGUGUUAGAUCCCUCUCUGUGCAUGAUGAUAUGCUUGAUUUAUACAUGUUUGAGUCGGGACACCACUGACAAGGAUGACGGAGGCAAUAGGUUCUACCCCUACAACCAAAAUGACUACCCUGAACAUCAUAUCCCUUAGUCAAACCCCGUUGAGACGAGCCUUUUUGUUCGGUGACAACCUAUCUUAAACCAAUCCCUGUUCUUCAAGCCUCAAUUCAUUUUGAACCCUUUUUCAAGAUUCCGUGUGAAUGGUUUAAACGAAUAACUUUCUGCUUCAUUUAUUAAAUACAAAAGUUGAGAUAGGGAGAAACGAUUUCUGUAAGUGCAUUUUUCAAAAAUGGAAUUGUUGGCCACUCGAAGAAAAAAAAUUAACAAAGAAAAAAAAAGUGAUCAGUUGGCCACCAUCUUUCAUGGACUUAUGAUAAAUAGGAGUCAUUCUUCAAAAGCCACAUUGGCUACAUUUUAAACUCCUAUUAAUCCUCAAAAUCUUCUCCCUUGUCUAUAUUCUCAUCUUACAAAGAUAAGCAGAAAAGUCAUGGUUUUCGAAAAAAAACAAAAUUUGGAACCUUGAACUAACCACCACAUCGAAAGUACUUCCACAUGUCCGUAACCCUAACCCCAUUUGACACCCGAUCAAAGACCUACCUGACAAGUCAGUGGUGACACAACUUUGGAGACUCGAACAAUAAGCUCAUGGCGGAGAGAUGGUACGGAAAGAGUGAUAAUUACAUGCUACAUGCAUUUACCCUGACCCCACUGGUCGAGCAAGAGAGACUUUCCAAGUUCUAAAAUCCCAAGUAAGAUCUAUUGGCUUGAUCUCUCAUGCUAUGUUAUGUGAACCUUAUGCUUGAACAAUUGAUUGUGUCGAAUGACUAAUAAAGAUAGAAGAAUGUUCUUAUAAAUUUGAGUCAGAGUUGCCAAUGUCACAGGAGUAUUAUGAUCGAACGUUGUUUGUGGUGGUUGAAUGCAUCCAUAACUCGCUACCUAUUGCACCAUCUUUAGCAAUCAUAUGAAAUUCACAUUUUCCCAACUCACGGUUAGAGUUCUUGUUAAAUUGGUUUUGAUUGAACUUACAUUUUUCGUGCUUUGCUUGAGGGCAAGCAGAGGAUUAAGUGUGGGGGAAUUGGAUAACACCUAAAUUAUACAUAUAUCCGCCUACACUUUUACAUCCUAAAAUAACAUAAAUUGUACCAAGUUCAUUCGAUUUCCCGAUUUUAUGCUUGGUUUUGUGUUUGAGUCAUGUUUCAGGGUAGUCUAUCCAAUAAGAACGGAAUAAUGAGUCAGUUCAACAAAAAGAUGGUUAGGGUUCGAAAUCUGGCGUCGGUGGAACUCGAGCCUGCGACGUCCCAGGCGAGGGCAAAGAGCCGUACCACUUCAGCCACGUCCCCUUUUGUUAUCAAUAUACGAAACCCAUCGUUUAUUAUGGUGAUGAUCACGGAAAGAGAGUCAAACCGCAAACUGCCGAGUCAAACCGCAAACUGCGAAACAUAAGGACAGCUGGUUCAUUUUGGGAUUCUCUAGGGAAGCUAGUAGCUGUAGCUAGUGACUCACGUCCAAAUAAAGAAGCAAUCAGCUGGAGGAUGGUUGGUGUCAAAUGAAGAAACAAGUUGGUCCCAAAAAUAGGAGCUAGCUGGUCAAUUACUUGGGAAGCAGGCUGGUCCAUACGUAGGAGCAAGCAGGUCCAUUAUUCAGGAAGCAAGCAGCUGCAUCGACGUCCUAAACAAGCAGCUCCUCCACCCUUGCCUUCGUCGCUCGAUCGUAGCUGAAGCUAGUAGCUUGUUCAAAUCACGUUAAGUGGGAGCAAGCUACCAGGUCAAUUUAAUGGAAGCAAGCACGUCCAAAUAAUGAAGCAAGCACGUUCAUUAUAGCUUGUCCAUAACUGAAAGCAAGCUCGUACAUUAUUUGAAAGCAAGUAGCUACCUCGUCCAUGAAUGAAAACAAGCAGCUGGCCAUUAUCUAAGCGGUAGAGAGACAAGCAAGUAGCUCAAGCAAGUAGCUCAAUUUGUAAAUUAAAUAGAGGGAGAGGACACACACACUAGGGAUAUAUUUUGUUCUCUCUUUCUUGUAUUUUAAGUUAGCCGAAACUCCUUCGAUUUUCAUUCCAAACUCUUGUUACUUCUUCUCAUUUCGUUAAUCAUAUCUCGUGUUUCACCCAUCGUGGUUCUUAUGUUUGUGUUCGUAUUUGGGAAUACCGUGGUAUAUUGCGUUAUUGAGAUUACCGAAGUGAGCUUCUAUUCUGUGGGGUUAUGAUAAUUGAUAGACCGUUAAUUACACAUGUUUUUACCCCUGUUCUUACACCGUUUGAGAUGUGAUUUCUCGUGUUUUAGGCCGAUUUCACGCUAGGGUGUGCUUUUUUGUGAUAUUUCAGGUCCUAGUACGUGAAUGGAGGCUUGGGAGCGAGUUUGGGGUCGAUUGGACGAAGAUCGGGUGCGAGGCAAGUCACAAAGGAGGCCACACGGGCACACCCACAAAUCACACGGCCGUGCAACUCAUAUUUCUGGCCGUGUGAGAUUGUGCGAGAGCAAACACGGCCUGCCCUGACAACACACACGGCCGUGUGAAGGAGUGGCCUGGCCGUGCGAGUUUCGCCGAGAGCAGACACGGGCAGAUGGAAAUCCCACACGGCCGUGCGACCCUAGCCGUGUGGGAAGCCUAAAGAUCGAACUAAGUGGAACGCAUCAUUUUGACUCACACGAGCAACUGGGUAUGCCACACGGCCGUGUGGCCCUGCCCGUGUGAGUCGGGAUUUCCUAGUUUUAACCCAAUUUCGGGCUGCAAGAGGGAGAAUCGGAAUUUUUGAGCAAAAACAGAGCCCUACAGAGAGAAAGGACGAAGAACUCACCGUAGAAGCCAUCUUGGAGCUGGGUUUCAUCAAAUCAAGCUUGGAGAUCGUCCUAGGAGUGGAAAUCAUCAUCGCGGAGCAGAUUUUCCUCAUCAGUAUGAGUAUGACUGCUUUGUAUCUUGUUUUCCUCUCUCUCUCUAUGGAGUAGAACCCCUCUCUCACUUGGGGAUGAAGAACCCUAGUUCUAUGUGUUAGGGAUUGAUUGUAAUGACUUGGGAUGAUAUUACUGUUUGAUUUUAAUCGAAUGAUGCAUGUUUAUUGAGUCAAUUGAAGUCUGAUCAACUUUUCCUGAUUCCUGCUGCAAUAUGAGAUAGAUAGAAUCUGAUUAGGUUGCUAGAGUCUCAUCAUUUGGUAGUAAGAGAUUGGCUAUACGAGAGUUAGCCAGUUUACUGCUUUGUACUGGAAUCCAAUUCCAGUAGUGGAGUUCUGUUCUUACUGCUUCAGCUUUCUAUCCCGGUGAAGACUAGUCGUCUGCCAGGUAGUUAGACUGAGAGGGCUUGGUCAGCUUAAGAGAUUCCAAGCUACUGUCGGAUCUUCCGCAGUCUAAUCAACAGUAAAAUCAACCCAGGGUAAUUGCAAUUGAACCUAACUAAGGAGCUAGGGGGACUCAUUCCCGAGUGACUCUUACCUGCUUGAGAAAACCGUAUCAAUUCCUGCUUUAUUUCUGCUUUUGCUUUUAAACAACAACCACUUACUUUAGUUGGCUAGAUAACAGAGAAUCACUGAGUAAGCAGUAGAUCUAGACCCCGGGUUGAUAAUAGAACUUGCCUGUUACUGCAUUCCCGGUCUGCGAUUAUACUUGGUCGCAGAUUGGUGUUGUGUUUUGGCGUGUCAAUAAUCAUUUGUGGUGGUAGAUUGGUCGGUUUCCAGCGUCUUCGCCCAACGAUUAUUCCCUCGUUGGAAGUUUGCUAGGUGUAAUCUAUUAACUCAAUAUACAUACCAUAUUCUCAACCCCUCCGUCUUCGUCGUCAUCAUCAUCAUGGUAAUAUUCUCAACCUUCAUCUUUCUAAAUCUCAUCAUGUCCGGCUAAUCUUCUAGUUGUUCCGGAUUUGAUGAACCCUAAUAUGUUUUACAUUGAUUGAGUGGUAUCUUUGAUAUAGACGUGUUGUUCUCGUUCUUACGAUCUUUUCUCGACUUAUCAUGUGCAAGUAUCAAUAGUACGCGUCUAUUGUAUAUUUUGUCUGAUACAUGUAAAUGAGACUGCGAGGUAAUUUUGCAUGUUAGAUCCCUCGUGAAAAUAAGGAAUUGAUCGGAACCACCGGCGAUGGGGUCACGUAGUUCCUCCGGAUUAGGUUAAAAACCUUGUACGAAAAUUCAUAAAUCUGGUUAUUGCUUUGGUUUAAGAUUUUUGUAAGCCACGGUUUCACUUGAUUCUUAAGUCGAAAGGGUGUUAAUACAUGUGCGAACGGGUUAACACUAAAUUGGGAAUUUUCACGGUCUAAGAUAUUAACACUCGUCUAUGUUAAAUUCAACUUGUCUGUAAAAUGCAUAUUAGGGGGAUUCACUUUUGGGACAACGCCUUCUCCACUUGAUUUUACUUUGAAAACUACUUUAUUGUAUUUUUAUUAUUGCGUGUGUUUUUAUUUCUAAACGAAAAUCAACUAAAAACGAUUGACUAGAUAAUAGGUAAAAGCUGAGUACUAGUACACGAAGUCUCUGUGGAUAUGACCUUGCUUCCUGCUAUACUACCGUAGAACGAUAGGUACCCUUGCCUUCACCGAAUGACCUUCAAAUGCCCCGAAACUCGUGCCUAGCCCUUCCUUCGACGUCUAGGACCUGAAAUGUGAUAAAAGAGCACAACCCAGCGUAAAAUAGGCCAAAGAUACACAACUACGAGCCGCAAACAGAUAAGAAAUAAGGGUGCAAACAUGUGCAAAUACAUCAUUAUCAAAGGCCAAAUUCGUACUGGCCGUGCAAGGGCACCUUUUAGUUGUACAAGAAUUCUAGGAGAUUCACACGGACAAAGGGUGAAUUCCACCCGAACGUGUGGCGGUCGUGUGACUUCCCGCGAGCAAUUAAGUGCAACGCCGUGUUUCGUGAUUUCACGAGGGCAGACUGGGGAUUUACACGGCCGUGUGGUCUGGCCAUGUGAUCGGGCAGAGCUGGGUUUUUACCCAAAUUUUGAGUCUUCAAGAGGGAAUGGAGUUUUCGGAGCAAAAAUAGAGCUUUAGAGAGAGAAAAGACGAAGAAUAAGCUCUAGGAUCGACUUUGGAGCUGAGUUUGACCACUCAAGCUAGGAUUUCAACCUUGGAGUGACGAUUUACUUCCCAGAGCUUAUCAUAUACAUCAUUAUGAGCAUGAUUACUCUGAUUUCUGUUUUCCUCUCUCUCUAUGGAGUAAACCUUUCUCUCACUUGGGUAUGAAGAACCCUAGUUCCAUGUGUUAGGAAUCUUAAUUGUAAUGACUUUUGGAAUGAUAUAUUGAUUGGUUUUAAUCUAUUGAAGUGUAUUUAUUGAGUCAAUUGAAUCCUGAUCAACUUCUCUUGAUUUCUACUUCAACCUAUCAUAGAUAGAAUCUGAUUAGGUUGCUAGAGUUUCUUCAAUCGAUAGGAGUGAAUUGAUUGUACGAGAGUCGGUCAAUUCACUGCUUUGUACUGGAAUCCAAUUCCAUUAGUGGAGUUAUGUGUGAAUUGCCUUAGCAUUCUAUUCCGGUGAAGGCUAGUUGUCUACUAGAUAUUUUGUCUAAGAGGGCUUGGUCAGCUUAAGAGAUUCCAAGGUAUUUUCGGAUCUUCCGCAGUAUAAUCAACAGUAAUCAACCAAAGGGAAUUACAACUUGAACAUAACUAAGGAGCUAGGGGGACUCAUUCCCGAGUGACUCAGUUUGUGCUUCACCCAUCGUGGUUCUUAUGUUUGUGUUCGUAUUUGGGAAUACCGUGGUAUAUUGCGUUAUUGAGAUUACCGAAGUGAGCUUCUAUUCUGUGGGGUUAUGAUAAUUGAUAGACCGUUAAUUACACAUGUUUUUACCCCUGUUCUUACACCGUUUGAGAUGUGAUUUCUCGUGUUUUAGGCCGAUUUCACGCUAGGGUGUGCUUGUUUGUGAUAUUUCAGGUCCUAGUACGUGAAUGGAGGCUUGGGAGCGAAUUUGGGGUCGAUUGGACGAAGAUCGGGCGCGAGGCAAGUCACAAAGGAGGCCACACGGGCACACCCACAAAUCACACGGCCGUGCAACUCAUAUUUCUAGCCGUGUGAGAUUGUGCGAGAGCAAACACGGCCUGCCCUGACAACACUCACGGCCGUGUGAAGGAGUGGCCUGGCCGUGCGAGUUUCGCCGAGAGCAUACACGGGCAGAUGGAAAUCCCACACGGCCGUUCGACCCUGGCCGUGUGGGAAGCCUGAAGAUCGAACUAAGUGGAACGCAGCGUUUUGACUCACACGGGCAACUGGGUAUGCCACACGGCCGUGUGGCCCUGCCCGUGUGAGUCGGGAUUUCCUGGUUUUAACCCAAUUUCGGGCUGCAAGAGGGAGAAUCGGACGUUUUAAGCAAAAACAGAGCCCUAGAGAGAGAAAGGACGAAGAACUCACCAUAGAAGCCAUCUUGGAGCUGGGUUUCAUCAAAUCAAGCUUGGAGAUCGUCCUAGGAGUGGAAAUCAUCAUCCCGGAGCAGAUUUUCCUCAUCAGUAUGAGUAUGACUGCUUUGUAUCUUGUUUUCCUCUCUCUCUAUGGAGUAGAACCCCUCUCUCACUUGGGGAUGAAGAACCCUAGUUCUAUGUGUUAGGGAUUGAUUGUAAUGACUUGGGAUGAUAUUACUGUUUGAUUUUAAUCGAAUGAUGCAUGUUUAUUGAGUCAAUUGAAGUCUGAUCAACUUUUCCUGAUUCCUGCUGCAAUCUGAGAUAGAUAGAAUCUGAUUAGGUUGCUAGAGUCUCAUCAUUCGAUAGUAGGAGAUUGGCUAUACGAGAGUUAGCCAGUUUACUGCUUUGUACUGGAAUCCAAUUCCAGUAGUGGAGUUCUGUUCUUACUGCUUCAGCUUUCUAUCCCGGUGGAGACUAAUCGUCUGCCGGGUAGUUAGACUGAGAGGGCUUGGUCAGCUUAAGAGAUUCCAAGCUACUGUCGGAUCUUCCGCAGUCUAAUCAACAGUAAAAUCAACCAAGGGUAAUUACAACUUUUAUCAUAGACACAAUUUCAAAAUGUACGUGGAUUGCUGAGAAGGGAAGGUAAGCUAUUCCCAAAAUCCUGUAUAUCCAAAAAUAAUUCUUGUUUUGAAAAUUCAUUCUAGUAAAAAUUGUAUUCCUUA